CCCCAACCACUUCUCUCUCAAGGUGCAAGACUGACUGAUUUCUGAAAAUGUCCUUCCUAUUUAGUUGGAUCUACAGUGGUUUUAGUGGCGUCCUUCAGUUUUUAGGAUUAUACAAGAAAACCGGAAAGUUGGUAUUUCUAGGUUUGGAUAAUGCUGGAAAGACAACACUGCUCCAGAUGCUUAAAGAUGGACGGAUGGGACAGUAUGUUCCAACUCUACAUCCCACAUCUGAGGAGCUUACCAUUGCUGGAAUGACAUUUACAACAUUUGAUCUUGGUGGACAUACACAAGCUCGUAGAGUGUGGAAAAACUACCUUCCUGCCAUUAAUGGCAUUGUUUUUCUUAUUGACUGUGCGGAUAAUGAACGGUUAUCAGAAUCAAAAAGAGAGCUUGACGCAUUGAUGGCAGACGAAACUAUAGCCAAUGUUCCAAUCCUGCUACUCGGCAACAAGAUUGACAGACCUGAAGCUAUUAGUGAAGAGAGGCUACUGCAUCUGUUUGGAAUCUAUGGACAGACAACAGGCAAGGGGAAAGUGCCACAGAAGCAGCUGACAAACAGACCUCUGGAAGUCUUCAUGUGCAGUAUUCUGAAGAGACAAGGCUAUGGGGAAGGGUUCCGAUGGUUAUCGCAGUACAUUCAUUGAUGACACGUUGUAUAUUAAAUUCCAUCAUUUAUUUAAUUGUUCUGGAUCUAUAACUCAAACUUGAUUGACUUUUAUUAAGGAAAGCAGUGCUGCAGGGUGAUACAAUACAGCUAUUUCAUGUAAAAGACAGCAAACUAUUGGUACCCGUUAUAUGUAAAAAUUUCUAGGUAUCACUAGUGAAAAUACUAUCAGUGCACUCAACAUCAAAUUUGAAAAAAAAACAACACUUUUUGGCAAACACCCCUGUCAAAAAUGUCACAUAUUAACUUAGGAACCUUGGGUUAGCAGAUCAUUUAUUUUGGAAAACAGGUCAUCCUCUCCUGUCUAACAGUACAUUUCUAGUACUACUAUAAAUUAUUUAUAUACAAACACAAGCACUACACUGCAGGCCAAGUUGGUCACAUUUUUAACAUUAUUCACACUUGCAUCUAUACUUGUACUUCAGUCUAUCCACAAACACUAGAUCCUUCUCUAUCCAUAAAGAAGGUAUAGGGAGCACAGAGGCAAGGAAGCCCUUAAGACUUGCCCAGCAUCUGACUGGGGGGCCCAAAGCCCAUUGGGCCUGCAGCCUCAGGGGCCACUACACCACUACACUGGGCCCCCUAGCCACAAAGUCAUUUGCCGCCAACCACUCCCCCCCCACCCCGCUUACAUUUUUCGGGUGUGUCAGGGAGGGAGGUAACGAGAGGGAGUGGGUCUGGGCUGGCGGGGCCCAAAAGAGCCAGCCCAGUACGACCCUGCACUUGCCUCCAGGAGCUGCUGCUUCCAGGGUUAAGUUUGUGUGCCGCUCUUAAACAUACAACUCAAUUGCAUUAAUGGAGCUUACCACGAGCAUGCAUCGGCGUGUUCAAAAGGACGCAAUUCACACCAAAACAUGAAUGCAACUUGCAUGUAAUUUAACAUGGAAACAAAGUGAAAAAUUGCACACAAGUUGUGGCAUCUGCCAUCUAGUGGGUUUCUGCUACUAUGCUAGAAUUAUUAACCAGUAACACACACCUAUACUGAUUUCACAACCAUUUAGGUUCCAGUCAAUUGAUUUCACAUGAGAAGAUAUUAUAAGAAUAGUACAUUUUCUUUGCUUGGGACAAAUAAUACUAGGAACAUUAGGGUAUUGCAAAUUCAAAGAACCAAAAAUACUAUCCACUACGUGUAAAGACUUUCUCUUUUUAUUGUGUUAAUGGUCCCCUAAACCUUUAAAAACAAAACAAAAUCAGACUGAUCAGAAGCAGUAGAAAAGGACAGUACAAAUUCACUCACCCUAAAAGGCAGGGUUUCUCUUGGUUGGGGUGUAACUUAACAUGGUUGGGGCAGAUCAAGGGCAACAUCCAUAUUUUUUAUUCUGAAAUGUUUACAGGUACAUACGAGACUGGAAAUUAUGUUCAUAAUUGUAGUCCCCAGUGGUGAAAAUCAUAGUUCUUUAAUGAUUUUCAGCAACAUCAGGGGCCUGCUAAUAAUUCUUCCUGCAAAACUCACUGCGCCAGUGAUGCGAAUAAUGGAUAUAAACAGUCAAACAGCUUUUUGUUUUCUGGUUCUCAUUCAUAUUAAACAUUAAUUACAUAUUUAACACACAGCAAUUUUAUCAGUUGCUAUAGUUUCAUAAUUAACAGAUAAUAUACAUAGAUUUUUAUACAAUUAUAAACAUUCAUGAAUCCCAUAAAUGGGAAAUAUGUUCACAAAAAGUGAGAAACGUAUAUUUUAUUAAAAAUAUACGGCAUGUAUAAAAUGAUUUUAUUUAAAAUAUUGUAAGCAAUAAACGGCCGUAUCUA